AUGGGUGGCCAAAUCUCGAAAAUGAUGGGCAAGAUCUUCGGGUCUAAGGAGAUGCGCCUGUUGAUGCUCGGACUUGAUGCUGCUGGCAAAACCACGAUUCUCUACAAACUGAAACUUGGCCAGGAUGUGACGACAAUUCCCACUGUUGGCUUCAAUGUCGAAACUGUCACAUACAAGAAUGUCAAGUUCAAUGUCUGGGAUGUGGGUGGGCAAGAUAAAAUACGGCCGCUGUGGAGGCAUUACUUCAGUGGUACACAAGGUCUGAUAUUUGUUGUCGACUCCUCCGACCGUGUACGAAUGGACGAAGCAAGACAAGAACUGCACCGCAUCAUCAACGAUCGCGAAAUGAAGGACAGUUUACUUUUAGUAUUCGCGAAUAAGCAAGACCUCGAAAAUUCAAUGAAGCCACAAGACGUGACCGAGGCUCUUCAGCUUUCCAAACUAAAGGACAAAAUCUGGUAUGUGGUGCCUAGCUGCGCCACGACCGGCGAGGGCCUCCUGGAGGGCUUGGCUUGGUUAUCAAACAAUGUCAAAGUUCCCCUUCCUCCCGUGAAGAAGUGA